AUGCUCUCCCACUCGACGCCCCAACCGAGCCCACCCAACGAGUCGCCACCGCCCUACACGGCCCCUCUCGCGCCGCCCCACCGCUCGCGCAGCGUACCCCACCUCGUCAACCUCGCCUUCACCUCGUCCCUCCCUCCGCCCGUCCCGUCCACCGCCGGCCACCCGCCGUACGGCCUCGGCCUCGACUCACGCCCAAACGCCUCGUCGUCGUCGCACCCGGCGACCCGCGACCGCGUGCGCAGCUCGUCGGCCGCCGCGCUCCACCACCUCGGCGCCUUCCCCUCGCCCGCACCGCGCGCAGCCCACUCGUCCUCGUCCGACGACGGCGAGGCCUUUUCGCGCAUCCUCGCGCUCCCGCCCUCGGCCUACGUCGCCGUCCCGCACCCGGGCACGACCGACUCGGACGACAACGGCGACGGCGCGCUCGAGAUUCGCUCGCGCGUGACCGGGGCGGCGUCGGCGGCGAGGAGAGGAGGAGCGAGUUCGGUGACGCAGCGGCGAGGUGCAGGAGGAGCGAGAUUGACGAGGCGAGGAGCGUCUGGUGGCGGUGGGUCGCCGGAGUCGGGAGCGGCGCCUCUUCCUUCACCUGUACCGCCCUCACGUCCUUCAUCGUCCUCCUCGUCCGCCGCGACGCCGAGCCAGUCGCGCAUCUGGACGCCGCUCCUUGUCUUCCUCAACUUCCUCGCCAUGGUCCCGGGCCUCGUCGGCUUCUUCUACUCGGCCGCCCGGUUCUACAGCACGCGGCACCUCGUCUGGGCCUCGUCGACGUGGGACGCACGCGGCGCACACGGCGGGCAGGCCAUCCUCGAGGCGCGCUCGACCCGGCUCGACUGGCUCCUGAGCGCGUGCUGGGCCCUCGCGACGGCCUACUUCACCCUGUCGCUCGCGCGUGGGCUCCUGCGCCGGUGGCUCGUCUUCUACUCGACGGGCCCGACCAUCAUCCGCGUCGUGAGCCUCCAGGCCAUCUGUUGGCCGUUGACGCUCACGACGCACCGGUUCCUGUCGUUCGACCAGCCCGUCGCUGCUUGGGUCAUCUGCGCCACGACGGCUGCCUUCUCGAACGUCAUCCAGACGUGGGUCACGAGCAACAUCGUCGAGCGCAAGGACCGCCGCUCGCAGCAACGGUGGCGCCUCCUGUCGCUCGCCAUCACGACCGUCCUCGGCCCCGGCGUCCGCACCGACAAGUACCGCCGCGGCGAGCGCGUCCUGUCGUGGCGUCACGUCCUGUGGGGCACGGUCCUCCCCUUUGCGUUCCUCGGGUGGCUCUCGAUGGGCGCCCUCCUGUGGCAGCAGUUCGUCGCUCGGUACCGCGGCGGCGGCGGCGUCGCGCUCGGCCCGCACCCGCACCCGUACGCGCUCGUCGACCAGGGCGGCGCUCGGGCCCUCGCGACCUUGCCCGACCUCGACCCGUCGGCCGGCGUGCGCGUCGUCGUCCUCGUCACGUCAAGCUGGACCAACCGCUCGGCCGUCAACCGCCACACAUUCCGCGAGACGUCGGUCCGCCUCUUUCCUCGGCCCUCGUCGUCGUCAUCGUCGUCGGGCAAGCCGCCCGACAUCAGCGUCGCGUACCGGUUCCUCCUCGGCGCGCCGCCGUCGCCGCUCACGGCCGCACGAGCCGGGCCGGGUAUCGAGGCCGAGGCCGACGAGUGGCGCGACAUGCUCGUCGUCGGCGCGCCCGACGGGUACGACCAGUUGAGCCGCAAGGUGCACCGAGGGUGGGCCUGGGCCGCCGGGCUCGACGUCGACUACGUGCUCAAGACGGACGACGACAUCCUGUUGCGCAUGGACGUACUCGCCAAGGAGCUCGUGCAGCUCGGCCGCAGGACGGAGUACUGGAGGGGGUUCGCCUACUGGGACAUCCCGGCCAUCAAGGACGCGUCGAACAAGAACGCCGACUUUGCCUACGAGCUGUCGCCCUUCCCUCCUUACACGGCCGGCGCGCUCCACAUCCUGUCGCACGACCUCGUCCAGCUCGUCGCUCCGCCGCACGCCUCGCGCCUGUUCACCAAGAACGAGGACCAAAACCUCGGCCUGUGGCUGUACUCGUCCGGCGUCCGCCCGAUCCACGACCACCGCAUCCAGCAGGCCCAGGUGUGCGAGGACGACAUGCUCGCCAAGCACUUUGGCUCGCAGUACACCGAGCCGACCGGCGCAGGUGCGCGCGACAUGUACGCCAACAUCGUCGCCGGCCGGCGCCCGUGCGAGGGCCUCCUCCAGAGGUGGUGCGGCGUGUGCUACCCGUCGUGCCGCCGCCGCGAGAACCACUGGCGCCAGUGGGGCUACGCCUGCGACGAGCACCGUGGCGCCACCCUGUCGUCCCGUGCCGCCUCGUCGGCGUCGUCGUCGUCGCUCGAGGCGCCCGUCAAGGUCGCGCCCGAUCCUCGGAUCCUCGGCUCGGCCGACGACCCGUGGGUCGUGCCCGGCCUCCUGUCGCGCCACGCGUCGACCCUGAGCGCGACCGACGACUGGCACCUGCUGCACAUGGUGUGCUGGACGACGGCGCCCGAGACGUUCCAGGAGCGGCACUACGCCGCGCUCGAGACGAUCUGGGCGCACGAGCCGCGCGCCGUCGUCCUCGUCCUGUCGACGUCGCUCGACGAGGCGUUCCUCGACGUGUACCGUGAACACGGGUACGCCGUGCACGUCGUCCGCGUCGGGCGGGACGAGAUCCUCGAGCGCGGGUGGUACCUCGGGCCCAAGAGCAAGGAGUGGAUCGAGCGGUGGGACAAGUGGGCGACCGGGCCAAGCUUCUUCUCGCACUUGACCGACUACCUGCGGUACCUGUUCCUCUUCAACUUUGGCGGCACCUACCUCGACAUGGACGCGCCCUGGGUCCGCUCGCCGCCCGACGCCAAACUCGAGUUCAUCGGCGCCGACCACUCGACGCUCGCGAGCGACGUCGACUGGACGCUCGACGAGUCGGGCAUGUACCUCGCGCCGGGCGUCAUGCGGUUCCGACGCGGCUGGGCCGUCUUCCGCGACAUCAUGGAGUCGGCCUUCUCGCCGUCGUACUCGCCCGAGUGCUUCAACUGCGUCGGCCCGCGCGCCAUCACGUCGGCCGUGCGCGCUCGCCGGUACCAGCUCGAGCUCCACGGGUUCACGAUCGUCCCGCCGCACGUCCUGUACCCGCGCAACUGGCUCGCCGCGCACGAGCUCGUCCGGGCGCUCCCUCCCGGCGAGGCGCACGCCCAGCUCGCCCACAUCGCCGACCAGUCGUGGUCGAUCCACCUCUUCGGCAAGAUGACCAACCACCUGCGCAUCCAGCCGCGCUCGAUCGUCGCCGAGGCGUUCGCCGCCUUCUCGCUCGGCGUCCCCCGACCGACGGGCCCGCUCUCGUCCUCGGCCGGCCUCGACGACGACGCGCUCGACUCGCCGCCUCGCGCCCUUCCAGCGUCGCACUCGGCCCUGUCGCUGCGCCAUCCGCCCCGGUACACCUACCGCGCGCGCUCGACGCUCGCGCGAGACGAGGUCCCGCACCUCGACCUCGGCUCGCUCGACGGCCGGUUCGACGGCCUCGACCUCGUCGCCGUUCGAGGUGCGCUGCCCUCGGGCGUCAAGAGCGCACGCGCCGAGGUGCGCCUGAGCACGACGAGCGGCGGCAAGGUGGCGCUCGAGCCGCCUGGGUCGCUCCGCGGGAGGACCGGCAGCGGCGAGGCUGGGCCCGCCGCAGGGGAGGACGUCCGCUUCGUCCUUGACGACGCGAGGCUCAAGGACAUCAACGCCGUCCUGCGGAGCGCAGUGUACGUCCCGCCGCAGGCGGGCGACGGCGACGAGGUGCGCCUCGAGGACGAGCUGCGGAUCGUCGUCGAGUGGGGCGGCGAGCGGUUAGAAGGCGUCGUCUCGGUGGUUAUACCGGGCUUUUGAGCGAGCUGUACAGGUCGCAUAUGCAUUGUAGAGCAGUCCUCGGC